AUGGUCUACAAACAUCACGCAGCGGUGAAAGAGAAAGCGUCCAAAGUGAGCCAGGACAUCAUCAACAAGGUUGGUGAUUUGUCGCGCCUUUUGGCGUUUCAGCCGCAGUACAAGGCUCAGCUCCGUGCGCGGCCAGACGUGUCGCAAGGGGAACUCAUUCGGGUGACGGACUGGAAACUGCUGACCCCUGAGAACUAUGACAGAACUUGCUUUCACAUUGAGGUGGAUGUGUCCGGAACGGGCCUGGAGCAUUUGGUGAACGGAGCCAUGGGCAAGGCCUUGUCCGUGUACGCCACCAACGAUGCGGACAAGGUCAUGAAGUUCAUCAAUCACAUGAAGCUGGACCCUGAUGAGAUCGUCUCCGUGGAAGACAUCGCUCCACCCUCUGAGGAUGGCACUGUGGUGCUGACGACGGUCUACAAGCUCUUCACCCAGUACCUGGAUCUCUUUGGAAAGCCCAGCCGCGAGUUCCUCAAGAAGCUCUUCCCCUUUGCCGAGGAUAUCAUGGAGAAGGUGGCCAUUGCAGAACUGACCUUGGACAGAAAGUCAGAGGACUUUUUGGAUCGACAGGCGCGCGCCUACACCUAUGCGGACUACAUUUGCGAGUGCAAAUCGUUGAAGAUCCCUGUGGCGAAGUAUGUGGAGAUUCUCCCAACCAUCAAGCAGCGUGUCUACUCCAUUUGCUCCUCCAGCGACUACCACCCUGGCAAGUGCCAGCUGUUGGUGGUGCGUGAAGACUGGCAAGCGAAAGGUGGCGACACCAAGUUUGGUCUUUGCUCCAGCUUCCUGACCUUCUUGAGGCCCGGAACCGUUUGCGUUGCCCAUGCUACACACUCCGUGAUGCAGAUUCCAGAGGACAAGACGGCGCCGAUUUUCAUGGCUGGUCUUGGAACUGGACUCGCGCCUUUCCGAGCAUUCAUCGAGCAGCGAAAGCACGAGAAGAACCAGGGCCACCGGGUGGGCCCUAUGACCCUUUUCUUCGGUGGCCGCCACGCGCACGCGGAGUACUACUACCGUGAUGAGUUCGAGAAGUUCGAGGCCGAAGGCCUGGUGAAGUGCUGCAACGCCUGGUCCCGAGACCAGAAACAGAAGGUCUAUGUGCAGCACAAGAUUAUGGAGCAGGCUGAUGACAUCUGGGCCAACUUGGGGCGAGAAGGCUCCCGGGGCUACUUCUUCCUGUGUGGCUCCAAGCAGCCCGAGAAGGAUGUGUUUGCAGCACUCAUCAAGAUCUUCGAGACGAAAGGUGGUCUGAAGAACGAUGAGGCCCACAAGAAGAUGGAAAGCUUGCAGCUGGCGGGCCGCUAUGCUUGGGGUGCGGAGCCUUGGUGGUCCAUGGUGAAGCCGAUGGCAUAUCGCACUUGUGUUGACCUUUCGAUGGGCGGCUCAGUUUCCUUGGAGGCGCCCGCCAGGAGCAAAGAGAAGGGCAAAAAGAAAAAGAAGAAGGAGCAAACCAACGAGGGUGACAAAGAUCUCACCCUGGGUGGUGACGAGGCUACCCAAAGUGCUCCGUUUGAGGUAGCACAGCAGGAGCCUCAGCCGCUAGAAGAAUGGCCUCCAGGGGGUCCAGGUGGUCCAGGGCCACCAGGGCCAGACACAGUGCUGAGGCCUGAGAAGGAUUAUUUACAGGACUUGGAGUUGCCAUCUCCUACCGCCGGGCUGCAAGAAGAGUCGACCCUGCCAGUGUCGCCGCUGUCUGAUCGAUCCUUCGGCAUCUUUGGAUUUCUGCCUCCGCAGGGGAACAGCAGCAGGCCCUAUGCCCCAGCUUACCACUCCAGUCUUGGGCAGCCUGCAGUGAGUCGCAGUCGGCAGGGUCUGCGGCUUCGCAUCUUGAGAGCCUACAAUCUGAAAACGUCCAGCACUGGGCUGCCAGGAGAUUUGGCCGACCCCUACGUGAGCGCCCGCGUGGGGAGGGAGACCUUCCACACCUCGUGCAUGGAGAAUGACCCUAAUCCCGUGUGGACCGAAGAUAAUGAGCACAUCUUCAAGUUGGAUGCCAGUAGCUUGGAGCUACAGAUCAUGAGCAUGAACGCAUACAAAGAUGAAGUUUUAGGGAAGGUCACCAUCGCCAUACACGAAGAUCAACAGCCAGGUGAGUGGCAGAGGCACAAGCUUCCGCUAGUUGGCACAACGAGCCAAAUCGAAUUCGAGAUGCAACUGGUCUCUGACAUUUCCAGUAUACAAAUGGCAGCUCCCAGCAAGGUGGAUGAGUUGGAGUACCAGGGCCCGCGCAUGUUCCAACCCAAAGGCCAUGCCCUGCCCUGGCACGGCGUCAGGGUGCUGGAACUCACCCGCCGUACCUGGACGGCCGCCUUGUGUGGGCAGAUGAUGGCUGCCCUUGGAGCUGAGGUGAUUCGAGUGGCCAGCCGCUCCGAAGCUCUGCAGAAGCGCGGGCCCGGCGCCGAGGGCGGCCAGGUGCCUCAGGUGCCCCCGAAGGAGGUCCCACGGCAGCUGCACCAAGGGAAGCGGCUGGUGCUGCUGGACCCAGAGAAGCCGGAGGAGUUGCAGCGGAUGAAGUCGGACUUGCUGAUGUCCUGUAGCCUCUUCCUGACUGAUCUGCCUGCCGACGAAUUGGAUGACAAACAGCUCGGGGCGUCCACCCUACGGCAGCAGUUUCCUUGGUUGAUCUUUGUUCACACCUCUGCUGUUGGGAUGUUGGCAGAUGUCACCAACAAGGGCGUCAAUGAUGCGGGUGCGUUCUUCUGCCUAUCAGGCAUGGCGGAGCAGCUGGGUCACUUCUUAGGCCCUCCAGGCUUCGCGGCCGCCUGCGCGGCCAGCGCCUUGUUGGGCGUGAGUUCCUUGGCGCUGCUGCGCCGCAGGUGUGGCUGUCCAGGCGAUCGUGUGGAGAUGAGCAUCUUCCGCUCCGGGCGUUGGUGCACUGCCCUGGGCGCUCUCACCGGCUGGCUGCGCCCGGCGUCCCACCCUGAGCUGCGGCCUGCAGAGGCGGAGGGCCUGGGGAACGCUGCGGCGCCGGUGCCCUUUGACGUGGAGGGUGUGGGGCACGUGCCGCUGAAGCGGGGCAAAGCAGAGGGCCAGAACUUGAAGUGGUCGGUUCUGGAUCCCGGUUCCUUGCUGCCAGCUGUGGAGCCCGAAAACCCCAUCAGCUCGGAGCUGCCCUUGGCGCGUGUCUCGGUCAUCGAAAUCAGCGACGAGUACCAGGUCUCGGCCAUCGCCCUGGGCGCACUGCUGGCAGAUCUGGGCGCGCGGGUCACCAAGCUGGAGCGGCCUCAACGACCUGAUCCCUGGAAGCACACCUGUCCACAGCUGUACAAAGAUCUUACAGCUCGGAAGAACGUGCAGGUGGUGAACUACAGCGGCGUCGGGGGCCGUGACGCCGCCGGCGCGCCGCUGCCGGGGCAGUCGGCCCUGUACCGCAGCCUGGCGAAUACCACGCUGCUGGUGACGAAUUUGCCCGUCGCUGCGCUGGAGAGUUGGGGCCUAGAUCCCAAACAUCUCAGAGAGAUGUUUCCACAUCUCAUCAUUGUGUGGAUCAACAGCUGGGGCUCGGAUGCCAGCGCAAGGCACAUGGAACUGUCCUUGGGGCGCAAGGGCGGUCAGGAGGCGCAGGCCUUCUGGGAGGCCAGUGGCCUCAGUCAGCUGUGCAACGGCAGCAGUUUGCCGCCCGGGCUGGGUGAGUUGGCAGUGGCGCAGCACGCGCUGGGCGGGGUGGGGCUGGCGCUGCUGCGGCAGCAACGGACCGGGCAGGGGCAAAUGGUGCAGGUGAGCAGGUACGGAGCUGGGGUCUUUUGCCAUCGCAUUGCAGCCUUGGAUCCACCGCAGCCUUUGGCCAGCCCCUUGCUGCAGACCUUGGAUGGUCGCUUCAUGCGGCUCUUGGGGCGAGGUCACCAGCCUCACGAUGCCUGGGUCUUGUUGCACGCGCUGAAGCGACGAGAUAGCCUCGCCGAGCAGAUGGGAGGAAGUUUCGAGAGGAUGAGAUCAAAGCUCCAAACCUUCACGUGGGAGGACCUCCAGAAGCAUCAAGAUGAGCUCUUGGCGUGCGCGCGGGAGUGGAGCUUUCAGGACCUGGCCAAAGCCUUUCAGGAGAAAGGCAUCGAUUGGUUCGUGGAGGAAUUGAGACCUAUGGAUGCAGAAGCCCUCCACAGAACCCCGCCUUUGGCCCUGUGUUGCCUGUGUGGUGCCAUGGCCAACGGCAACGGCGAUGCGGCGAGAUCCCGGUCCCCGCCGCCCACGCGCGGUGGCACACGGGUGAAGGAGAUCGCGGUGAUUGGCGACAGUCGAGUGCUGAUUGCCCCGGGUUUGUUGGACGAGAUUCCUGCGCGAUUGGAGUCUUUGGGAUUAAAGCCUGCAGCCCUCGUGAUCGUGAGCGAUGAAACGGUGGACUGUCACUACGGCGACCGCUUGAUGCAAGCCUUCAAGCAGAAUGCAGGGCCCAGUAAGGUGCUUCGUUACGCCUUUGCUGCCGGAGAGUCCUCCAAAAAUCGGGAGACCAAGGCAGGCAUUGAGGACUAUAUGUUGUCCAACAAGUGCACUCGCGAUUCCGCCAUCCUGGCUCUGGGUGGUGGUGUGGUGGGCGAUUUGGCCGGCUUCACUGCAGCCACCUACAUGAGGGGCAUCCCAGUGGUGCAGGUGCCCACGUCCACCAUGGCCAUGAUCGACAGCAGUGUUGGUGGCAAGACUGCCUUGAACGUGCCAGCGGGGAAGAACCUCAUCGGCGCUUUCCACCAACCCAAGGUUAUUUUCGCUGACCCCACGGUACUCAGCACUUUGAGCCGAAGAGAGGUGGUGGAAGGACUGGCUGAAGCCAUCAAAAUGGGAGUGAUCCGCGAUGCCCAGCUCUUUGAGACAAUGGCAGCCAAUGCCGAGCCCAUUAUGUCGCUGGACAACCAUCUUUUGCAGGAGGUGUUGCACAAAGCGGUGAAGCACAAGGCCGACAUCGUGGCCAUUGAUGAAAAGGAGACGGGUCUCAGAGCCACGCUGAAUUAUGGUCACACCAUUGGGCAUGCGAUUGAGGCCCUGGUGUCUCCCCAGAUGCUGCACGGCGAGUGCGUCUCCAUUGGCUGCGUCUGGGAGGCGGAGCUGGCGGUACGGAUGGGGCACCUCGAGGCGGCCCACGUGCCGGUGAUCCGGAGAUGUUUCGAGCAGUAUGGGCUGCCGGUGCUGGCACCCAAAGGCUUAACUCUAGAGAAAUUGAUGGAGAAGAUGGCGGUUGACAAGAAGAACCAGGGCAAGACGAUCCGUUGCACGGUGAUCACCUCCGUGGGCAGCAGCAUCGAUCAUCCGCUGCCCGUGCCGCGGGAACUGAUGGAGCGUCGGGCUGAGCAGCUGGAACAGUUGCGGCAGCAGCAGCAAAAUGCCGCGGAGAAGGCCCUAGAAAUGGGCCACCGUUCGGCAGAUCUCCAGCAACACUUGGCCGACUCACAGGCAAAGGCCCAUGACGAACUUCAAGAUAGGCUCUUGGAUCAACACGAGCAGCAGAAGAAGAUGGAACUGCUACGAGAGCAGUACAACACUGGCGUGCCUCCAGUCGUUGGAGUAACCGUGGAUGGAGCAAAAGGUUUGACCAGCCCGACCCGUGGAAACAAGAUUUCCACGUACUGCGUGAUUGAGGUGGUGAACAAACCCUAUACCCGGCUGCAAACGCCAGAACUUCAGGGCCCGAUGCCCCUCUGGGACUACACGGGCGUGCUCUCAAAGGUGGGCUUUGGAGAUGUCUUGAAGUUCGCAGUCUAUCGCAAGGAACCAGUCGUGGAAGUGGACCAUACGGCCGCAGCACCUUCUGUGGAACAUACCACGGUGCUGUAUUUGCAGGUCGCCGCUGCUUACAACCUGAUGAACCGGGAUCCUGGAGUCAUGGGUGAUGUGUCGGACCCCUAUGUUACCGCGCAAGUGGGGGAGAUGCUGCAACAAACGCCAACCAUCAACAACGACCUGAACCCUGUGUGGAAGGAGCGGAACCAGUUCGCCUUCAACGUGCUGGACCACCAAAUGGAUCGCUACCUAUAUCUCGAGGUCAUGAACAGCAACAUGAUGAGGGAUGACAGUUUGGGGAAGAUCAAACUGGACACUCGAUCCAUCGAAGCUGGGCACUGGAACCACUACCGCCUUAAAUUGGAUGAGGGCCAGGGCGGAGAGUUGGAGUUUGAUGUCUACAUGAAGCCAGCCGAGCCGUGCAAACCUCAUGGUCACAAGGAUGAACUCAUUGGUCGAGCAGAAGUUGGAAUGUCCCAGUUCUAUCCGCACGGCUUCGAAGGCACCGUGCCGCUGUUCUUGGAGGAAAAGGCCACACAGGGUGUCCUGGAUGUCUUCAUCGAAGUUCAUCCGCAGGGGGUGAAGCUUGAUCCCAAAGGUCCGGCUGCAAAGCAUCGUCGCACCUUCUCCGAAAUGAGCGUGGGGAGCAGAUCUAUGGCAGCAACCCGAUCGCAGGUGAGCGCUUCCGACGCAGCAGAGAAGCCUCCUGCUAACUUGGGGGAGUCAGAAAAGAGUGUUCUACAAAUUCGGGUCAACCAAACCACCAAUCUGACGAAUCGCGACAGCGGGUUCUUCGGCGAUGUGUCAGACCCCUAUGUGGUGGUCCGGGCCGCCGGUACAGAGCAAAAGACACCCACCAUUGACAACGACCUGAAUCCAAUCUGGAAGGACCAGAACCUCUUCAGCUUCUCAGUGGGCGCCCACGACAACAAAGUCGAGUUGGAGGUGAUGGACGCCAAUCGCUUCAAGGAUGUGACCUUGGGGAGCUGCGAGUUAGACCUCCGCUCCAUUCAACAGGGCAUGUGGACCCGCUUCAGCGAGAAGUUAGUGGGUGGCCUCAAUGGCGAAUUGGCGUUCGACCUCUAUUUCAAGGCUACAGAGUAUCGUCUCCUGUGCGCGGAGCAGGGUAGCGUGCUUCACGUGCGGGUGAACAAUGCCCGACAUUUGCCCAACACGGACUCAGGAGUUGGGAACCCGGUGCUCAGUCCACUCUCGCUCAGUGGUGCCAUGGUGUCGUUUUCGAAGCCACAGUCUGGUCGGGCAGACCGCCGACGCAUGCAACGCAUGGGUUUAGCGGCAGUGGCAACCUCUGCCCUGGCACCGCUGUGUUUGGACGGCUCCUUUGUGGUUGGCCCUGGGGUGGCUCGUGCCCCGCAUGCGCAGGGUCCAGCGCCAAGUGUUCCUGCCUUUGAGAUGAAUGGUUCCGAAGAGGGCCAGGGAACCAGGAGCACCCCACUCUCCGCCUCUGCAGCGGCGCUGGCCGCGGCGGCUGCUGGCCUCCGUUGGAUCUUCCCAAAGCGUCAGGCUGCGCGAAAGGCGGAGAAGGCCGUGGUCGCUGGCAGCAUCGGCUUCUCCAGUGGUGGCGGCAUCUCCUCCGGCGGCUCCAGCUUUUUGGGAUCCUCCAUGGCUGGAGCCGUGACAGGUGGAAGCGUACGCUCCUCCAGCGCUACCUCUUCGAUGACAAUGCUGUUUGAGCGUUUCAACGAGAAGGCGUUGAGAUCAGUGCUGGCGGCUCAAGAUCAAAGUCGCCGCAUGGGCCAAGCCUCAGUGGGAGUCGACACUUUGCUGGUGGGAGUUCUGAAGCAAGGUGGUGGAGUCACAGAGAAGGUCGUGAAGAGAUUAGGCCUGGAUGUGGCCGCCAUGAUCAAAACCUUGCAGGAGAGAACGGAGCGCAGCACGGAAACUUUGCCACCGGAGAUCCCCUUCGCGCCAGAGUGUAAGAAGGUCCUGGACGCCGCAGUGAAGGAAUCCAAAGACAUGGGCUCUGAGGCCAUCGACCCUUGCCACAUCCUCGUGGCGUUGCUGAAGAGCGAGGAGGAGGCUGUGAAGAGUCUGCUGCCAAUGGAGCCUGAGAAGCUGAUUGAGGAGAUCAAGGCUGAGAUCCAAAGGAUGGAAGAAGAAGCCGAAAAGACUGGGGAAACCACAGGCUUGGUGAAGAAAAGCGCCACCAAGGCCUUGGAUGAAUUCGGCAAGAACCUCACUCAGGCUGCGGCCGAUGGCAUGAUGGAUCCCCUGGUGGGUCGCGAUGAGGAGAUCGACCGAGCCAUUCAGAUCCUGGCGCGACGCUCCAAGAACAACCCAGUGCUCAUCGGCGAGCCUGGCGUUGGUAAGACAGCCAUCGCCGAGGGGUUAGCCAUGCGCAUUGUGGCUGGGGAUGUUCCAGAGAUGUUGACUGACAAGAUCAUCAUCGAAUUGGACAUGGGUUCCCUUCUUUCAGGUGCAAAGUAUCGUGGAGAGUUUGAAGAGCGCUUGAAGAACAUCAUUCAGGAAGUGCGUGACGAUCCAAACAUCAUUUUGAUGAUUGACGAGAUCCACACCCUGGUGGGUGCCGGCGGCGGUGGCGACGGUGGGGCCAUGGAUGCGGCUAACAUCUUGAAACCCGCGCUGGCGCGUGGCGAUAUGCAGAUCAUCGGUGCUACGACCGUGGAGGAGUACCGCAAGUAUGUGGAGAAGGACAAGGCGCUGGAGCGGCGCUUCCAGCCGGUCUCCGUUCCGGAGCCCACCAACGAGGAGGCCGUGCAGAUCCUGCGCGGCAUCGCUCGAAAGUAUGAGGCCCACCACCGAAUUCGAUACUCGGAGGAAGCGCUGCAGUCCUGCGUGAAGUUUGCUUCGCAAUACAUCCAGGACCGCUACCUGCCGGACAAGGCCAUUGACCUUCUGGAUGAGACGGGCGCGCGCGUGCAGUUGAGGCAGUUGGCCACGGUCCCGGAGGACGCCUUUGAUCUGCGUCAGGAGCUUCGCGACGUCGAGGCGCAGAAGGAGGUGGCCGUGCGGAUGCAGGAUUUCAAGAAAGCUGCCGAGCUCAAGCUGAAGGAAGAUGAGUUGCAGUGCCAGCUGUACCAAUUCAUGAAGAGAGGCACCUCCCCGGAGGUUCUACCGGAGUCCAUCUCGGAGGAGGAUGCAAAGGAUGCUGGAAAAGCCGUGUCCGAGGUGGUGGAACUGCCAGCGCUCAGCGAGGAAGACAAGGAGGAGGCACUGUCCAAGCCCACGGUGACGGAGAACGACGUGGCCGCUGUGGUUUCUGCCUGGACCAAGGUGCCAGUCGAAAAGGUCUCGGCCGAUGAGUCCGUGCGUCUGGUUCAUCUGGAGGAUACCCUGCACAACCGGGUCAUCGGGCAAGAGGAGGCUGUGGUGGCCAUCGCGAAGGCGGUGCGACGUGCACGUGCGGGGCUGCAGAAUCCCAAGCGGCCCAUUGCGUCCUUCAUCUUCUGCGGUCCCACAGGUGUUGGCAAGACGGAACUCUGCAAAGCCUUGGCUGAAGCCUAUUUUGGCAUGGAAGAUGCCAUGAUCCGAUUGGAUAUGAGUGAAUUCAUGGAAAAGCACACGGUGGCCAAGUUGAUUGGCAGCCCUCCUGGCUACGUCGGCUACGAUGAGGAGAGUCAGCUGACGGACCCAGUUCGAAGGAAACCCUACAGCUUGGUCCUCUUCGAUGAAGUGGAAAAGGCACACCCUGACGUCUUCAACCUCAUGUUGCAAGUCCUGGAGGAUGGACAUCUUACAGACUCCAAGGGCCGCAUCGUUUCCUUCAAGAACACUUUGAUCAUUCUGACCUCCAACUGCGGAGCCAAGGAGAUUGAGAAGACGCUGAUCGGACAGGGCUUGGGCUUUGAUGCCGAUGGUGCCGAUGAUCCCAACGUGUCCAUGUACCAACGGCUGAAGUCCAAGGUGCAUGACCAGCUGAAAGGCUUCUUCCGGCCCGAGUUCCUCAACCGUUUGGAUGAGAUCAUCGUCUUCAAGUCUCUGAACAAGCAAGAGGUCCGUGAGAUCGCUGAGCUUGAAUUCAGAAAGACCUUCAAGCGAUGUCAGGAGAGGGGAAUCACCUUGUCGCUCACUGACCGCUUCAAGACCAAGGUGGUGGACGAAGGAUACGAUCCGGUCUACGGAGCUCGACCCUUGCGACGGGCCAUCAUGAGGCUCCUGGAUGACAAGUUAGCGGAGGCCUUCCUCCAUGAGCCGACGGUGGAGGGCGAGUGCAUCAUUUGCGACAUGGAUGAGGAGAACGAGGUGGUGGUUCUCAGACAACGCUUGACCGAAGGCGAAAGCCGCGACAGCCCCAUGGAAGGCGAAGCCGAGUCCGAGAAGGUUGACCAAGCAGUGCCACUGGGGCCCGGCCUGGAUCCUGAUGAUUGGAUCAAUCUGGUUCCCGCCAAUCUCGCCAAUCUCGCCCUGCCUAAGGAACGUACGCUCUGCCCGGGGGGUGCAGUUGCCUUGACUGACCCCGCGCAAUCGCGGGAAAGGAUCGGUCUUGGUGCUUCAGUGUGCUUCAGUGGCUUGUGCCACGUGACCAUUCUUCAUGUCCAUCCUGACGGUUGGUCGGAUCCCUAUGUCAUCGUGAAGGUGGGUGACCUACAGAGGAGGACCCCGACCAUCGACAACGAUUUGAACCCCGACUGGAAGGAUGGCAAUCUCUUCACCUUCUCAGUGAGCGACGAGGACGCCAUGCUGGAACUGGAGGUGAUGAAUGCUAACCUGGUGAAGGAUGACAGCUUAGGGAAAGCUUCAGUGCGCAUAGGCACUUUGGACCCAAGCCACUGGCUUCGACUAGUGCAGGAACUGGAGCACGGCCCUGGCGAAGGUGCCACCGUGGAACUGGAUGUCUUCUUCAAGCCCAAUGAGCGAUAUCAUCUGAACCAUGACCUUGAGCAGGCAAAGAAAGAAGAGAAGGAGUCCCUGGCUGAAGCUGCUCGUCUGUCCAAGGAGGUGCAAAUGGCCGAGAGAGCUCAAAAGUGGCUGGACAAUGUGGAGGAGAACACCAAGAUGCCCUUGAGCAUGGAAGAAAGAGACUGGGCGAGCGCCUGUGGUGGCAGGAAUUUCGUGGCCCCAGCCUGGAUCACGGUGACACAAACCCAGGUGGAAGCCCUGGUGAGGGCCCGUGACAAGCAUCCGCACGCCGUGGCAUUGUUUCGGGACGGCAAGGCUUCGCCCCUGGCCAAGCAUCAGAAGCUCAAAGUGAAGCUCAUGGCGGCUUUUGGCCUGGACCUAGCUCCCUCACGGGCCUCGGAGACGUACUGCACUUGCGAGAUUCCUUUGAAGAAACACUCCAAGAUUCACACUGAUCCGGUGCCGGCCUCCGCAAAUCCUGAGUGGCGCUUCAGUCGAUCCAUGAGAGGCUACGAUCCGGGUGAUGCACUGGUCAUGGAGAUCUACAGCCGCGACAGGGCAGAGAACACGCCAAGAGCCGACCAAUUGUUGGGUCGAGCCUUUCUGCCAGGGGACAAAUUCUACCCCAAUGGCUUCGAUGGGUUGCUGAACCUCACCCUGGGGCCACGCCCCACUGGCGCCACUCUGAGGGAUUCAUCAGUUAUCGCAGUUGAGGGUCAGUCCUUGAUGGAAGCAUAUUUGGGCAUGCUCAUUGGGCAAAUGGUUGCUGUGGCAACGACAUGGCAUUGCGUGCUAAUCAUGCACGAGCAGUGGCAAGCACAAAGUGAUCGUUUGGAAGAAUCCAAAGCUCACACAGUUCUGAGUUGGCCCUUCAAAGGUGCUGUGAGAGUCUUUGUGCUAGGGGGCCAUUGCCACAGAGUUGACCAGAAGCAAGACAACCUCGUGAAAUACAUCCAGAAGGAAAAUGCCUCAUGCUUCCUGGGCCACGAUGACAAGCACGUGUGGCACUAUUGGCCGCCGUCCAAAGCCCUGCAGAUGCGACUCUCCAAUCAGACGAUCAAAGCAGAGCUGGCAGAAUCCCUGCGGCAACGACGUAGCAAUGGGACGCAGCCAAGGCUCCUGCAGUCCCAAUCGGCUCUGACCACCGCCCGUCCGACGGCAAGGCCUAGGCCUGCCGCCCAGAAGAGGCGGCAAGCACCAAGAAGUGCUUCAAGCGCUAGGGACGUCUUCAAUUUUCUCGAGCAGGAGGCAGCAGUGGCGAGCUUUGACACUGGGAAGUAUGUCGCCAAGCGCGUUAUGGACCCCGAUCUCAUGCACACUGGCAAGUUAAAAACCUACACCGGCCAUUGCACGAAACAACAAAUCAUGUUUGGCAAGGUAGGGUGGCUAGCGAGGUACUUGAACCUGAUCACAUUGGGAGAAAAAAUGGAUAAUGUUACCGAUCAAGCGAAAGAUCUGGCGGCAAACAUGAAAGAAGCCGCAGAGGAUAUCAAGGUGCCUGGCCUCUCAAACUUGACAGCCACCUUGCAGUUUGAUCAAAAGGAAGCGAAGCUGGAGUGGAGUGAGCGCAGAAUGGUUGAGUUUCACAGGCUUACGCUAUGUCUCUUCAUAUGCCUCGUGAUCAAGUUUUUGGUCAGUAAGAUCAACAACGCCCUGGCGUGCAUUAACCAUCGCUUUUCGUCGUCGAGGUCCAGAUGUGAUCAACGCUGGGAGACGCUCUUCAUCGAGCUGUUUUCCUCCGUGCUCUUCGUUUGCUUGCAGACAACCUUGAGCACGAUGUUUCUCCUGGUUGAGCGUGUGAACUGCAUCAUUGCCACGAAUAUUCCAAGCAAGGGAUUGGUCAUAUGCGUGGCUGUCUUCGUGCUCAUUUCCGUCGUCAACGAACUUGACAAGUGCGCAGAUUGGAGCGCGAGAUGCAAUGCUCUUGCCAAUACAGUUUUUUGGUGCUGCUUCUGUGCGGUCUUGGUCAUCGUCACCAUUCCGCUGCUUGCACUCACAUGCUACAACAUCCAAUUCUUCUGGAAGGCCUGGGCCUGCCAGAUUUCGCAGCCGGCUUCCCCCUUUGAUGACACCUACAAAGACAAAGCGAAUGGCGCCAGUUUGUGCACCAGUUGCUUUCUGAUUUUCGCCUUCUUGGAGCUGGUUCUGCUGUUUUUGAUGGACUGGGAGGACAGCGAAAGGGAGAGGCGCCCUGUGACGAAACAGCGCGUUGUGAAUCCCCAGAGAUACUCCUUGCUGCAGUGA